AUGGCAAGGAGUGCCUGGAGUGAUCUUCUUGCACCAGAAUGCCCAAGUAUAGAAAACUGCCGAUGUACGAUUCCCCGGGUAUUACAUUGCACGGGCUCGAAUCCAAAUUUUUACGAAGAAGUGUUGGAGUCUGUAUAUUUUUUACCAAAUGGAACAAUUGAGCUGCUCGAAAUAUUAUUAGAAAGUAACACUUCUUAUGUUGGUGAUAUAUCGACUAGAAUUGGUCAACUCUCUGUACCCAGAUUGGCCGUAUCAUCAACUUCUGGUCUUCAAGGAUUAGACCAGUCUAGCUUUUUUAGUUUUAGGAAUCAGCUGAAUCAUUUAGGUUUAGCAGGUAACAGACUGGAGUCUGUUCCUUAUUUAGCUUUAUUUAUUUUAAUGAAUUUGCAAACAUUGGAUUUACGACAGAAUUCAAUAUCUGAGUUGCACACUGAUGAUUUUCAAAAUUUGCGAUAUUUAAAACAUAUCGAUUUAUCUGAAAAUUCGAUACGCGCCAUAGCGGCUGGUACGUUUAAUGGCUUAUACAAUUUAGAAGAACUGAUUUUGAGAAAAAAUAAUUUGACCAAAGAUGCUCUUAUUGCUUUGGGCGAUUCUCCAACUUUACGAGAAUUGGAUGUAUCGCAUAACCAAAUUAAUGGCCAUGUCGACGAAGAGCUUAUGCCUAAUUUGCCAAAUUUGGAAGUACUUUUACUUCAAAAUAACCGCAUCAAAAGCGUAAAAAGUGGAUGUCUGGCAGGAUGUCCUCAAAUACAAACGCUGAAUCUAUCUCACAAUUCUAUCGACGUUUUAGAAGAUGGAGCAUUUUUGCUUCUUUCUGAUUUACAGAUUUUAGAUUUGUCGCACAAUGAAAUUGUAUCAGUAUCACGUUGGUCAUUGAGAGGUUUGACAAAUUUACGGGUGCUUCAAAUGAAUUUCAAUAAUUUACGAACAAUAAGUAUUGACUUAGUUGUUUCAUUAAAUAAUCUACAAGAAUUGUGGCUAAAUAAAAACGAUAUAGCAAAAGUUGAAGAAGGUGUUCCAAAACUUCUUAAUCCAGAUUUAAAAGUAUUGCAAUUGGCAGACAAUCCUCUAGAAUGUGGAUGCACUAUGCGCGAAUUCGCAUCAUGGCUUCGACAUUGUCAAAAUUGCGAUCAUCGUGGUUUACGUUCUGCAAUAUGCGCAACUCCAGCUCGUCUUUCUGGAGGUCAUUUAAUUUCUACGAAAGAAGAAGAUCUUAAUUGCGAUGGCAUAGACGAUGAUCCAAUAACUAAUAAAGAAACAAUCACAAGCAUUGUUAUGGAAGGCAAACAAGUCAUGCCCACAAUACCAGGACUACCGCCUAUAUCCAAAUCGAUACAUCUAUAUCAAUACAACUAUACUCCUGAAUCCGGUGUAGUUCUAACAUGGGGAAUAGCUCCUGGACCAUCUUUUUCUUGUGAUGCUAUUUUCGUAUACGAGUCGAAAUUAUAUGGUCACAUAGAUGAAGUUUUGUUGGACUCAAAUCCAGUUAGAUGCCCGAAGAAAAAUAUUAACAAAGAUGUUGACAAAAGUAAUGAUAACUGGCGAAGAGUUACUUUGGCAGUACCUGGAAGUUUAGAUCUCCAAGAAGGUGGCUUUUAUCGGUAUUGUUUGGUAUUAACAAGAUCUACAGAAGAAGCAAGUGAUGACGUUAACUUUGCUAUCGGAUGCAGUGAUCUUAUACAAUUAUAUAAAAACGGUGAACAGUCUCAAUCUCCAAGUUCAACUAUUGGUUUUGUCAGUUCCGCCAUCAGCGGUGCAGGAGAAUUGCGAUUGCGGGUAUCAGUUCACAAAAAUACUGAUGCCUUGGUGAAGGCAAUAGAAAGGAACCAGGACAAAGACUCCUGCGAGUUGGGGGUUGCGGUUCUCGCUCAGGGUAGCGUUAUUGCCCGACGGGAUGCACCGUGCAAUGUACUAGUCAGAUUACAGGGAUUCUUGGAGGGUCCAUACACAGUAUGCGUUGCAUUGGCUGGUCAUAGUGUUCCUGGACCGCAUGCCAGGUGCGCUCAGGUGAUAAGGAAUAUGCAAGUAAAAGACUUCAAUUAUGAAAAAACAAAAAGUAUGAUAAUUAUCGGUAUGUUGGGUGUUAUUUCAAUAGCUGUUAUGGGUGUUAUUGUAACUAUUGUAAUAGUAAAAUUAUUGAAGCGACACCGUAAAACGUGCCAUGCAUAUUACGUGAAGUUGAAUAACACAUCAAAUGUUUCAUCAUGA